CCGCGGACCCAGCAAACUAGGCUCUGUAGGUUAAUCAGCUAAUGGCAUGUGCUGAGCUCCUGGAAGAGUACGGUGGAGAUUUCACGAAGUGACAAAUUGCAGGAUGAGAUGGAGAGUUACAACAGGUUGAUGAACCAGGAGACAUUACCCGAAGAAGUAAAAGAAAAAAACCCUUCUGUCCAUCUUGCACCACCAGCCCCAGCCCUGGAUCACCUCCACGGAACGCUUGCUCCACCCCAGUGCUUGUAUCCUGGAGCACCGUUAGCAGAAAUCCAGACUGCAGUUCCUAUCUGUGCAAAGGACAUCAAUGAUCACUUGAUGAAAAAAUUUGCCUUUCUUUCUGGUGGUCGAGGGAAGGAUAAUGACUGGAUCAUAACAUUUCCAGAAUAUGCUCAUUUCAGAGAAGUGCCUGAGGAUGUUUUAACAAAAGUUUUGACUUACUUAACAUCUGUUCCAAGGCAACAUGAACCUGAUAUCAAAUUUACCCUUAUUCUGGAUAGAAGACUAGAUACAUGGGCAUCUGUCAAAAUGACCCUUCAACGAAUAGCUGCUUCUUUCCCCGGGAACUUGCACUUAGUGAUGGUUCUCCGUCCCACGGGGUUUAUCCAGCGUACUUUCACCGACAUCGGAUUUCGGUUUAGUCAAGAGGAUUUCAUACUCAAAUUACCAGUGGUUAUGCUCAGUUCAGUCAGUGACUUGCUGACGUAUAUUGAUGAGAAGCAAUUAACUCCUGAGUUUGGGGGCACGUUGGAAUAUUGCCAUAGCGAAUGGGUUAUCUUCAGAACUGCUAUUGAGAGCUUUGCACUCACUGUGAAGGAAGUCGCUCAGAUGUUACAGUCCUUUGGAACAGAACUGGCAGAAAGAGAACUCCCAGAUGACAUUUACUCAUUAGAACGGAUCCUGGCAGUGCGUACUGAAAAGUACUAUCAGUUGAAGGAAGAUAUCACAACAGUAAUGCAUGAAGGAAAUAUGCUGCUAAGAAACUUAGAAGUGCCUGACACCAGAGAUUCAAGUCAGGAAACUCCUCAGGAGAAGACUGGAGAUUGGGACACUGUUAAUAGAUUGCUAGCACAGUUACAUGAGAUGGAAACUGCCUUUGAUGGAUUUUGGGAAAAACAUCAACUAAAAAUGGAGCAGUAUCUACAACUCUGCAAGUUUGAGCAAAGUUUUCAAGAGCUCAAGAACACUAUUGAAUUUUUAAUGGCUCAGCAAGUAGAACUGCCUGUUACAGGAGAAAAUGUCUCAGAAGUAAAACAAAGACUGACUGAUUUGGGAAAUUUGGAUGAAAUGGCUCAGGAAUUAAUAGGCAAGGCCCAGAUUGUGAUAUUACAUGGUCACCAGCUAGCAGCAAACCACCACUAUGCACUUGAUUUAAUCUGCCAGCGGUGUAAUGAGUUACGGCACCUUUCUGAUGUUUUGACGGAUGAGAUCAAAGCAAAGCAAGUACAACUCAGCAAGACCUUGGAACUUCAUUCCCGACUGCAACAGGCUCUUGCAUGCUGUGAUGAAGGGGCAUAUCUUUUAGCCAAUCAGCAAAUGGAUAAGUGUCAGUCUAAAGAAGGUGCUCAACAAGCUCUUCAAGAUAUAGAAAAAUUCCUUGAAACUUCUUUACCAUGCUUAAAUUAUGAUCCUCAAGUUCUACAAUAUGAUUUUGAGUCAAUUUUAACUCCUGAACUUAAGGCUCAGAUUCAGUCUGUACAGAUCAAGCUUGAAAAUGUUCGAAGUAUGUUUGAAAGUCGGCAAGCUUGUUUCAAGAAGCUGACGGAUAAGCAAGUGAGGCCAGUCCAACUCGUAGCACCUCGACCUGAAAACACAUCUAGAUCUAGAUCUCCAUUAUUCUCACCCAAGCAUGGUGUGGAUUUUAAUUCCAGCUUGAAAUUCUCCUUUGAUAUUUCUCUGCCUGGAAAGAAAACAUCAAGAAAAAGUCAAACCUCACGUAAGAUUGAAGUAAUGCACGAUUAUCAAGAAAAACGAAAUUCCUUACAAUCUUUUAUCUCAGAGAGUGAUGAUAACUUGGAUAUAUUAAAAAGCCAUGUCAUAAAUGAACUAAUAGAAACUGAGAGGGUAUAUGUAGAGGAACUAUUCACUGUGUUGAUGGGCUACAGAGCUGAAAUGGACAAUCCAGUGAUGCUAUUUCUUAUGCCCCCUGCACUAAGAAACAGACAAGACAUUCUCUUUGGAAAUAUGCCAGAAAUAUAUGACUUCCAUAACAGCAUUUUUCUGCACAGCCUUGAAAGUUGCGUUGGAGCUCCGGAAAGAGUGGGAUUUUGUUUCCUGGAGAGGCGGGAAGAUUUUCAGAUGUAUGAGAAAUAUUGUCAAAACAAGCCCAGAUCAGAGUUACUUUGGAGGCAGUGUUCUGAAAGCACCUUUUUCCAGGAAUGCCAAAAGAAACUGGAACACAAACUUGGACUGGAUUCGUAUUUACUCAAACCAGUGCAACGUCUAACUAAGUAUCAGUUACUCCUGAAGGAAUUAUUGAAGUACAGCAGCAGCUGUGAAGGAGUUCAGGAGUUGCAGGAAGCUCUCAUUGCAAUGUUGGAUUUACUGAAGUCAGUCAACGACUCCAUGCAUCAGAUUUCAAUAACCGGCUAUGACGGUGACUUAACUGACCUUGGCAAGAUAUUAAUGCAAGGAUCUUUCAGUGUGUGGAUAGGACAUAGAAAAGGGGCUACAAAAAUGAAAGAUUUGGCUAGAUUCAAGCCAAUGCAGCGCCACCUUUUCCUAUAUGAAAAAGCCAUCAUGUUCUGUAAGAAGAGAGAGGAGCAUGGAGAUGGAUAUGAUAAAACAUCCUCAUAUAGUUUUAAACAUUAUUUAAAAAUGAAUGCAGUUGGCAUUACAGAAAAUAUAAAAGGCGAUCAUCGCAAGUUUGAAAUUUGGUACAGUGGACGGGAAGAAGUUUAUGUUGUACAGGCCCAGACAGUAGAGAUGAAGAUGGCAUGGCUAAAUGAAAUAAGAAAAGUUUUAUUUAAGCAGCAGGAACUUAUAAAAGUUGAGAAACAACAAUAUCAGUUAACAGACCAGGUCCAGCUUUCCCCUCAGCUGAAUGAUAGGAAACAGCCGAGGGUAUCCGUUAGUUCAGAAGAAAAUGAGUCUGAUCGCACAAGCCCUAUAAUGUUGGACAGUGUGCUCCUUUCACCGCAACAUAAACCAGACAAAAGUUGGCCAGGGAUGUCGCAGUCUGUGGAGCUCUGUGAAGGCCUAGAAGAGUGGGCUACCAAUAGUUACUUAUCCACUUGUUCAGACACAGAAGAAGAAGAUGGCAGCCAAUUGCAAAAAUGCAGCCGUAAGAAGGAUGUAGUGGCACUCGAAUCCUUAUUUUUGUCACCAGGCAAGUACAAAGCACUAGCGGACUACAAAGCACUAGCGGACUGCAAGACAAAAGGAUCAGAAGAUCUACUGGUUAAAAAUGGAGAUGUAAUUCAACUUCUGCAUGAAGAUGCUGAGGGUCAUUGGUUGGUGAAAAAUAUUAACAGAAAAAAAGAAGGUCUGAUUCCUGGGAACAGUUUACAAGUUUUAAUUGGUGACUGUAGGUUUCGGAAUGCCAAAAUUGCAGAUGCUGCCCUGAGUAACACAUGAAAUCUAAAUUCCCCUUGAAUUAAGGGAGAAAAAUAAAAUCUGUGUUUUGUUACUCCUUUGGAGUCACGAACUAGACCUUGCUCUAAAGGCAUUUCAGAGAAAUAGCACAAUAGUUGGAAUCACCCUGUAUUUUCAUGACAUUCACAGAACUUCUAACUUCAUCUGCACUGAGCUGGCCUGCGAUUCCCAACUGUUUGUCUCAGUCAUUAAAGAAGGCAUUCUUCACUCCAUUUUGCAGGGAGAAUGACAGUGGUGUGUUGGUUAUGCCUACAGUUUUCAUCGCACCCAUCUCUAAACUCCAUCCAAAAGAUUGAAACUGAUUCUUCUUACGCAUCACAGGUUGAAAUCUCUACCUAGUUUUGACAUCAACAACAUUUUUGUGGUAGAUUUGAAACCAAACCAGUUCUCCUUUUGGUAACCAUAAAAAAAGAAAAUGAAAGUUCCCUCUUUUUCCUAGUCCAUAGAUGAUUUACUAUUUCAACUUUGUGAAUGUAGUGCACCAAAAGGGCGUUGUCUGGGUAAUGUAAUGUUGCAAUAAUGCUUAUGUACCUCCUUUUGCACUUUGACUGGCAACUUAUAGUUGCCAGGUAUGUCUUAGGGUUCCAGAAUUUUCCAAGGCAAAAACUUAUAUCUAGUAAGUGUUGAAGUUUACAUUUUAUGCAUUGUAAUUUAAGAACAUGUGCCAUAAUUAUAAUUUAGAUGUCCAUAUUUGCACUAAAGAUGUUCUUAUUAUAAGAUCAUACUUUUCAACAUCUUUAUGAUAUGUGUACUUUUGAAAUAUUUGAAAAGGAGUCAAUUCUAUUGAUAUUUUUCAUAAUUUAUUUUGUGUUUUUGUUCUCGUUUUUCUGUAUAUAAUACAGAUGUACAGGUGAUUUGACUUUGAAAUAGAUUGCUUUGAAAUACAGGGUCAGUCGUAUGCAUGUGGUACUGAAUUUCUAUGGUCUGAUUUGACUGAUAUGUUUUAUAUUGUGGACUGCAGAAGAAGAAUGCUUUGAACCAAACUGAUUUUCUGAAUCAAGGAGUCUGAGUUGUAUUAUAGACUGUUAGGUUAGGUAUAUGUUUUUUGGUGCAGUUUUUGUAUAAGGCAGUGUUGAACACUGUAAAAACCUGCCAUAGUAAGUCAGGCACUUCAGUAUGUACUUUGAUCAGUAACAACGAUAGAUUAUGCCUAUGGCAUUUUUUGAAAUCUGUUCCUUAAAAACAGAUUAGUUGCAUUUUAUCUAGGUUACCUGGAAAUUUGGGGAUUUCAAAAUGUCAAAUAGUUGGAAUUCUUGAUAGAUAAUUGUCAUUUUUCAGAAAUAUUUCCUUAUUUUAAAAAUUGCAUAAUGAGACAAUUUGCCUGUUAAAAAUACAAAUGAAACCCAAGUCAAUCACUGUUAAGACCACUUUAGGGAAUUGUGGCACAGAUUUGGAAGGUGUGAACUUGAAAAUUAAUGUUCCUCCUCUUUAUUCACAUUACAUGUGCAGUCAAGUGGUUUAAUCAUUUUUGUUUUCAAUAUUACUUUUAGGCCUUCGAUCAUAUAUAAAACUAAUGGGUUUGGUGGAUCCAAGUGUAUAGCUAGGGUCUUUUAAUGUUUUAAAACAUCGCACAAUGAAUAUUUUAUUUGUCUAUGUUUUAAAGUGCAACUGCUCUGUAUAAAUUUUACUAGAUUAUAAAUGCAUAUGUUACUGUAAACUAUAAGGGGGAUUUCGCUAAUCUGAAAAUUCAGUGAUGUAAAUCUACCAGUAAAAAUGUGUUCAUUCUAUAUUUAAAAAAAUCAAGCACUGUUUAAAUAAAUGAAACUCACGAAUCUUUA